GAAAGUGAUCUGGCUCUUUAAUUUAUUUCACGCCGUUUACCGGACGGCCCGAGAGCUGUAGCUUUUAUUUACGCGGGGUAGAGUGACCGCGAGAAACGGCCGCCCAGGGUGAAAUAAUCCACUACACCCUCUGUUUUUGUCGCAGGUUUGGUGACGUCCAAUAAUCGACUUGCUGUGAAGUCUCCGGGGCCGAGGCCUAGAGAGUUUUUUCUAUAACGGACGCAAUAAAAAAUUUUGGCGUCGAUGCUUAUCUAGAUUUCGGUACCCGUUUUGACCGGAUGUGAACCAAUGAAGCACUUUACACUGUAACUGAAGCAUUAACGGUGGGAAACGUUAGCCAGCUAAUUAAAGCUACUGCUAACUGCCAGCGAGGAAGUGAGGAACGAAAAAAAAAAUGACAUCUCGGAGGUGGUUUCACCCCAACAUCACAGGUGUGGAGGCUGAAAACCUUCUGCUGACUCGUGGAGUGGAUGGGAGCUUUUUAGCCAGACCCAGUAAAAGCAAUCCAGGAGACUUUACGCUCUCAGUAAGGCGAAAUGGAGCGGUCACCCACAUUAAGAUCCAGAACACAGGAGAUUACUAUGACCUUUAUGGUGGGGAGAAGUUUGCCACUCUUGCAGAGCUGGUGCAGUAUUACAUGGAACAUCACGGGCAACUGAAAGAGAAAAACGGAGAUGUUAUUGAGCUCAAGUAUCCACUCAACUGUGCGGAUCCCACCUCAGAGAGAUGGUUCCACGGACACCUGUCGGGCAGGGAGGCUGAGAAGCUGCUUACGGAGAAAGGCAAAAAUGGUAGUUUCCUGGUGAGAGAGAGCCAGAGCCAUCCGGGAGAUUUUGUUCUGUCGGUCCGUACCGGAGAUGACAAAACGGACAGCAGCGACAGUAAACCCAAAGUCACUCACGUCAUGAUCCGUUGCCAGCAUGACCUGAAGUAUGAUGUGGGCGGCGGGGAGAAGUUUGACUCUCUCACAGACUUGGUAGAGCACUACAAGAAGAACCCUAUGGUUGAAACUCUGGGCACUGUGCUUCAGCUCAAACAGCCUCUGAACACUACUCGCAUUAACGCAGCAGAGAUUGAAAGUCGAGUUAGGGAGCUCAGUAAACUCGCGGAGGCAACAGACAAGGUCAAACAGGGAUUUUGGGAAGAAUUUGAGACCUUACAGCAGCAAGAGUGCAAGCUGCUCUACAGUCGUAAAGAGGGCCAGAGACCGGAGAACAAAAACAAGAACAGAUACAAGAACAUUCUGCCUUUCGACCACACACGCGUGGUGCUGAAUGAUGGGGACCCAGAUGAGGCAGGCUCUGACUAUAUCAACGCCAAUAUCAUCAUGGUAGUAUCCAGUGUCAUGCCGGAUUUGGACUCAAAGUGUAAUAGCACCAAAGUGAAGAAGAGCUACAUUGCCACUCAGGGGUGUCUGCAUAACACCAUCAGUGACUUCUGGAGGAUGGUUUUUCAGGAGGACUCUCGAGUCAUCGUCAUGACCACCAAAGAGGUGGAAAGAGGGAAGAGUAAGUGUGUGAAGUACUGGCCAGACAUGUCAGCACUGAAAGAGUACGGGGCCAUGCGUGUUCGCAAUGUCAGAGAGACGUCUGCACAUGACUACAUCUUAAGAGAACUGAAACUUUCCAAAGUCGGACAGGGCAACACAGAACGUACAGUCUGGCAGUACCACUUUAGGGCCUGGCCAGACCAUGGAGUCCCCACUGACCCAGGUGGUGUACUUGACUUUCUAGAAGAGGUCAACCUGAAACAGGAGAGCAUACUGGAUGCUGGGCCAAUAACGGUACAUUGCAGUGCAGGGAUCGGGCGGACAGGAACGUUUAUAGUGAUUGACAUCCUGAUAGAUGUGAUCAGAGAAAAAGGGGUGGACUGUGACAUUGACGUGCCGAAGACCAUACAGAUGGUUCGUUCUCAGCGCUCUGGGAUGGUGCAGACUGAGGCGCAGUACAGAUUCAUCUACAUGGCUGUACAGCACUACAUAGAAACACUGCAGAGGCGCAUAGAAGAAGAGCAGAAAAGUAAGAUUAAAGGACGCGAAUACACCAACAUUAAGUACUCUUUGUCUGACCUGACUGGAGGAGAGCAGAGCCCUCUGCCUCCUUGCACUCCUAUUCCUACUCCCACCUGCACAGAGAUGAGGGAGGACAGCUCCAGAGUGUAUGAGAAUGUGGGCCUGAUGCAGCAGCAGAAGAGCUUCAGAUGAGAUUCACUUUUGAUCCCAGUGCUCUAUUAGCUCCAGGAUCUUGAUACCUGACAGUUUUUUCGCCAGCCACACCUUGACUCCUGAGACUUGACCGUGAUGACAUGGAACAAUGGGGAAAACACACACAUGCAGACACACAAAACCCAAAACAUGAGGGAGACCAGACACUGGGGUCUGUAGGUUCUCGCUCAUUCUACACAAACAUUUUCCCUCUAGUUGAAUUCUAAACCACUGUGAUCGUCAGAAGAGCCUUUGAGAAACCUAACAUGCUAAGUCCCCUACUAAACCACAUUUUGGGUUUAGGCUUUGUAAAUCUCACUGCAAAAAGGGCUGCCAACAGCGGGAAAACAACAUAGCUAACCUUUACUCAGCUCUCAUUUUUCUCUGUAUUUUUUCUUUUUUGUUAACCAAAGGAAAGCGACAGAUUGUUUGUGGACAGAAGUGACGAGUUGACUGAAAAAGGCCUGUGCCAAAACCACACGUAAUUUUUUUUUUUAAUCCACAUUUUGCACCUAGUUAUGAAAUCUUUGUGCUCGGGGGAAGAAAAAAAAAAAAGUGUGGAAAAACUUCCAGUGCUUUUUACUCUUGAUUUGCAACUUCACAAAUUCAUUUUUGUGGCAAGGGCACCUCAAAGAGAAACAAAAAUUCAGGUUUUUGGGAGUGGAAUUAACUUCUUUGUCUCCUACUUCACGAGUUUAAUACGCUUUCAUUGGGAUUAACAGUGUUAGUUAACCAUUCCUGAGCUCAAGCCGAAUGUCCUUAAUGCUGCCCUUUGAAUUAGCAGCAUAACAGCUUCAGUUAAGCCUUGAUCCAUCAGGUGGAUUUAUGAAUAAUCUAAUCUGGAUUUUAGGGAGGAGUUUCCAGAAGGUCUGCACUUGUCAGUAUGUUGACGUAUUAGGACUUCAGGGGAAUCUCUAUAUUUCAGUUGCAGGCAUAGCCACAGACUCAUGGCUGCCAUUUUUUUUAAAAUGCAUUUUACUCUUUUUUUUUUUUUGUUUGAUUUGUUUUUUAAUUCUUUCUCAUUCUUGUUAAGGAUAAAGGCCUUUAUAUACCAUUGCCUAUUUUGAACACCGCAUGUACUUAAGUCUGUUUUAAAAAAAGUAAUCACACAUCUCUCAGUUUUGGCAGUGUAGAUUAGUUCUUGUGGUUGUAUUCAGUUGGAUCCAAGAGUUUAUACACACAAACUCACACAUAAGUAUACUUGUUUUAUAGGAGAGUAUUUUCUGGUCUUUUUGUUAAUAUCAAUCAAAGUAAACAAUUUUACUGGAAUAGUUCGACAUUUUGGGGGGGAAUCAUUUACCCCAGAUAAUAAGCUGGAUACCACUCUCAUGUCUGUACACUAAAUAUGAAGUUAUAGCUAGCAGCUAAUUGGUUUAGCUUAGUUUAACAUAGAGAACAGAAACAAGGGGUAACCGCUGUCUUAACUUGGCUUAAAGGUAAACCAAUAAAAACAAAAAUACUCAGAUUUGUAUAAAUAUUUUCACUAUGCUAACUUUACACUCGUACAAAAGAACAUACUUUAGUUAUAUCAAAUCCAUAAAACCAUGCUGACUUUAAGAUGCACGUUGGACACAAAAAGUACUUAUGCUACUUUUCUACUUCUGCUAAUGUCUGGCUGCUCAUUAUUCAAGUCCUGAGAUAACAGCCCAGUGGGCCGUAUUCUUUUUCAUACGCUUGUUUUAUGCAACUUACAUCUUGCUUUUGAUGUUUAUUCUCGAGUCUGCAUCAGUGACGGAGCAGCUGUCAGGCCCUCCUUAGGUAGAAGUAAGUUACAAGGUUGGCAUGUAACUUGCUAAUGUUUACUAAUUAGCAUCACAUGCAGAAUAAAGAAAAGGCUGUUAAAGAUGUCAUUAGUUUUGUAGCUGUUCAGCAGUCUAAUAAUGGCACUAGAUGAAUAUUUAAAGGUUCAGAGUGAUUACAGUUUAUCCUCAGGGAAACAUGAAUGUGCCAGCAUUCAAGGUUUGUACCAGAUUUCAUGGCUCUUCGUCCGUUAGUUACAGAGAAAUCUAAGUCUGGACCAAAGCAGUGGACUGAUUGAUUGAAAUUGCCAUUUAUAGUGCAGUGCUGCAAGCAUGACUAAAUUCACCAUGGUUUUAUGGGGAAGUGUAUGCUGGAAGUGAUUCUUGGCUCUUUUCACACAGCCUAGCCUGAUGCUAAACUAGACUAAUGAUCAGCUUUGUAUUUGAAGUGCAGCUAUGAGAGUGGAAUCGUCACAGCUAACAGCGAGAAAUGAAAAUACAUAUUCCAGAAUGUCACUGUUUCUUUCUCUUCACUAUCAGCUUCAAUAUUACGAUAGUCACUUACUCUGUUCAAACAUGUGGCCUCAGUAUUUUGUCAAGCAUUGUCAGUUUCUGCACAUUUGCUUACCAUCACUACGCCUUGAGAAACUGCAGUCUUGCGAUUGAACUUGCUGCAACAGUGCUGACUCAGAAUCUCUCCUUUUGAGAAAAAGGCAGAAGCGGCUUUGCCUUUUGGACAGUUCUCAGCAACCACUGAUCUGGGACUGAACAGCUUUUUUUUUUCUUUUUUUUUUCCUGUGAUUAAAAAUCUUGACAUCAGUGUUUUCGGGGGCUGCUUCCUCUCAUCGGAGGAGUCUGCUUAUACCUGACUGCUACACAGUACGUCCCC